UUAUAUGAAGUGAAGGGUAUAAACUGUAUUUUGAGUAGUUCGUGGUAAGAUCGACAGUUGUAAGACUUUUCGUAUACACCCUUUUCAGGUGUAUAUUUUGCCGUGCAUUUUAUCUGUGGAAAGUAUAUCAUGUCAUUAUUACGUAAUUAAUCUAGGUUAUAAUAGUUUUUUUAUCUCAAUAAUGUUUAUAAAAUCAUAUUAUUUAAAUAAAUAUGAGUGCAAAAAGUAGAUGGUGUACGGCUACCAAAUGCGUGUGUGGAUACCCACUGAGAGAAGGAGUCAUUAUUGUAGGAAUUAGUUCAAUACUAAUAUCAAUAGCGACGCUCUUCACUUCCCUGGGCAUGAUCUUAGCCAUGUCUUCUAAGGAGUUGACGUAUAACAAUAAUCCCGUGAACGCUAUAAAUAUGGUGUUCUCUCUGUUUUGUACGAGCACCUCUCUGUACCAGGCUACCGUGUCUAUUAUGUUGCUGUGGUUCGGACUCUGGCGCAAAGGGUCCAGUUACGUGCUAACACUGUGGGUGGUGUCCUACAUAGCAAUGCUGACGCUAUACUUCUGCAUGUUCUUGGCGAAGAUCAUCAUCACCUUCCACGCCCAUCAUUAUGCGCAGGCAUUGUUGACUUUCCUCAUUGCAAUCUUCUUUGAAGGUUUGUUCAUCUAUUUUGUCGUUAUUGUCAACAGCUACGAAAGUUCACUUGAACCCGAUAUAUUAUUUUACUAGAAAUAAACCAUAUUUAUAACAGUUUUAAGAUAUAGUUUACCAAAACACUGUUGUAAGAUAGCUAUGGAUAUAAUGUAACUUUUAUAAGACCUUUUUACUAUUUUAUUUUUGUCACAUUUUUUUUUUAUUAUGUAGAUAUAAAUAC